UCUGAAUAUUACAAAACAGGAACUACAGAUGUCUCGCACAGAACUCCAGGCAACAAAGGUCGACCUUCAACAUACACAGACCGAUCUUCAAACUACAAAGAAAGACCUUCAGAUCGCCUAGACAGACCUCAUGACAAAGAGUUUACAACUGAAACAACUGAACUCAGUGUCCGAAACCAGCGCCGUGGUUUUCCAGGUUUUUGUAUCAAGUUCCUACAACGUAACAUCACUAGAGCCCGUGGUGUACGACAGCAUCAUCUACGACACUGGAUCUGGCUACAACACCACGACUGGGGUGUUCACAGCACCGGUGAACGGAACCUACAUGUUCGGGAUACAGUUGGGCAUUCGUCCCCUAUGGUAUUAUGCAACCACUUCGAUCAAACAAUCGGGAAAGACAAUCGGCAGUGGUUGGGCUGCAUAUUCUUCUUCUCCCGAGGGCGCAGUUUCCGCUACAUGUGUCAGUCAUCUGCAGAAGGGCGAGGAGGUGUGGGUGCAGUUUGAAGAGUUCCGUGGAGAUAUUCCAACAACAGUCACCGUUCGUUCAGGCAGCUAUGUAGGAGAUCCGAUAUCCUACUUUGGUGGUGUCCUUUUGACUGUGGACACUCUUCACAAGGUCACAGAUAGGUUGCAGAUAGAUCUGCGGACUACGAACGAAAGACUUCAGCUCACACAGACGGAUCUUCAAACUACAAAGAAAGACCUUCAGUCCGCCCUGACAGACCUCAUGACAAAGGGUUUACAACUGAAACAUCUGAACUCAGUGUCCGAAACCAGCGCCGUGGCUUUCCAGGUCUUUGUAUCAAGUUCCCUCAACGUAACGUCACUACACCCCGUUGUAUAUGACAGCAUCAUCUACGACAAUGGAUCUGGCUACAACACCACGACUGGGAUGUUCACAGCACCAGUGAACGGAACCUACACGUUCUGGAUACAGUUGGGCAUUCGUCCCCUAUGGUAUUAUCCACCCACUUCGAUCAAACAAUCGGGAAAGACAAUCGGCAGUGGUUGGGCUUCAUUUUCUUCUUCUGGUAAGGGCGCAGUGUCCGCUACAUGUGUCAGCCAUCUGCAGAAGGACGAGGAGGUGUGGGUGCAGUUUGAGCAGUACAGUGGAGAUAUUCCAGAAACAGUCACCGUUCUUUCAGGCAGCUAUGCCAUGAUGUUUGAAGCAGUUUUCCGUUUGUGUAUAUUCCUACCUUACAUCUCCGGACUGAUUAUGCCGUUAACGAAAUCCGACGGUACUGUCAACCUUACCACUAUCUUGAGUCACAUCACUCUCCUCGAACAGACUGUGGACACUCUUCACAAGGACACAAGCAGGUUGCAGAUAGAUCUGCGGACUACGAACGAAACACUCCAGCUCACACAGGCAGAUCUGAAUAUUACAAAACAGGAACUACAGACGUCUCGCACAGAACUGCAGGUAACUCAAACAGAUCUGAAUAUUACAAAGCAGGAACUACAGACGUCUCGCACAGAACUGCAGGCAACAAAGGUCGACCUUCAACAUACACAGACCGAUCUUCAAACUAUAAAGAAAGACCUUCAGGCCGCCCAGACAGACCUCAUGACAAACAAGGGGCUUCGACAAUCUGCAGCUGCUGAGAUUUUGUCUCUCAAAAACAACAUGACCAUACUGAGAACCGAACUCGGAAUCGUGAAAUCAAAAGUGGAAAACACCUGUCCAGAUUUUCAUCCUCUGAGUUCAACCUCCAACGAUUCCCUUCUCGUUUCCUUGAAUGGGAGCUUUACAGCGAACCAGGAUGUUAUAAGGGCAAUUGUUCUGGAUGUGGAAUCAGUUCACAGCGACCUCAACACCACGGCACACACACUUUCAGAGGUCCAGGCCGACAUCAAUAGCUUUAAGCGGAAUAUAUCUUCUGCGCUUAGAAAUGUAACUGCGGAGUGUACAGCGCUGAAAUCUGAUUCUCAUUUAUUCAGUUCCCUCCAGUCGGACAUAACAGCAAUGGAUAAGAAAUUGUCCUUCUUAAACAUAACCGUUCGUGAAGUUCAGUCAGAAGCACGACAAGUUGCAGCUAAUACAUCUUCUGUGAUACAGCUCAUUGCUCACAGGCAGUCACUGAAGACUCUAGCACAAGAUACGUGGGCCCAAUUGAAGCAGUGUGAGAAGAAUGUGAACUCAACUGAUGCGAGUAUGACGGCUCAACUUAACCGUUUGGAAAUGGAUAUGAAUUGUACUUCCGUUUAUAUUCACAACGUCCAACAGAACCUCCUCUCCCUCGAGUCUGACCUCAACACGACUCGGGAGGACAUCACAAUGACGAACUCCGACGUGCAUGCGCUGAACAAAACUCUGGCAUCCAAAACCCGAGCCGUGGCUUUCCAGGCGUAUGCAUCAAGGUCCCGCAAUGUAACGUCACAACACCCCGUGGUGUACGACAGCACCAUCUACAACAUCGGAUCUGGCUACAACCACACAACCGGGAAUUUCACAGCACCGGUCUCCGGAACCUACAUGUUCUGGACAGAAUUGCGUAUCAAUUCCUACGCCUACACUCCGCACAUGACUAUCAAACAGUCGGGAAGGUCAAUCGGCAGUGGUUGGUCUGCAUCAACGUCUACAGAUGAUGAGUCCGUUAUUUCCGCUACGUGUGUUAGUCAUCUGCAGAAGGGCGAGGCAGUAUGGGUGGAGUUUGAAAAGUUUGCAUGGUGGGCAACUGCUGUCUCUGUUGUCCCAGGUGGCUUUGACACAAGGCCAAAAUCCUUCUUUGGUGGUGCCCUUUUAACAGUGGACUAAUUUUAUUACCAGGCAUCCACUUCAAUCCAUUAGGACCCUUUUAGCAGUUACCAAGCAACCAAAAUGUGUGAUCAUGAAAAUUUGUGAAGUCACUGGUUUACUUGAAACAAAAUUCACUCAUUCAA